UGCCGACUUGACGAGGCAGAGCAAAUUGUCGUAUGGGAAAAAGAAAGCCUAACAGCUUCUCACGAGACUGCAGAAUAUCUUCCUUUUCAUCAAAUUCACAGGCUCCCUUGACUUUUCUCAUCGCGUGCCAAUUAUUUUGCAUCAUUAUAUAACAAUACCACAUUAAGCCAUUCAUUCAUUCACACCCCAAAAUGGGAACCAACUCCAUUCGCUUUUCAUUCUUACUAUGCUCUGUUUUGCUUUACUUGCACUUGGUGACAGCCCAAGAGCUACCAAAAUCCGAAAGCGAAGCAUUGGGGCUAACAGAGGCAGAAAAAAGAGAAGCACUUGAAAUUAUAAUUGGCGGUGGAGGUUCUCCUUCUCCCUCUCCUUCACCUUCCACCCCAUGCCCCCCUCCACCUCGUCCACCCACUCGGUUAGAAAAAGCACGUCGCGUGCUUCUUAAAUUCAAAACCCUCAUAGACGACCCCGGUUGUUACACCCAAAGCUGGAACCAAAACACCGACACGUGUAAAUUCAACGGGAUACGAUGCAACACCUAUCCAGGCCCAACGAAGGAGCUAGCAGUUUCUGGAAUCGACUUAAACACAGCUAAAAUAACCGGAAAAAACGGUUGCGACUUGCCCCUGGUGUCCUCGGGCAUCUUGGGCAACAUAUCGGAAUUAACAUUCUUCCACGUAAACUCCAACAAAUUCUCUGGUUCCGUCCCAUCCCAAAUCACCAAUUUCCCUUAUUUCUAUGAAUUGGACCUCAGUAACAACCAAAUAACGGGUGGGUUUCCCAAGGAAGUACUUAUGUCGAAACAAUUAGUGUUUCUGGACCUGAGGUUCAACAGGCUCACUGGGCCAAUUCCCUCGCAACUGUUUAACAAGGAUCUAGACGUGAUUUUCAUCAACAACAAUCAGUUCACUCAAUGUCUACCAGAAAAUUUCGGCUCCACCCCUGCCCGCUUUCUCACUUUCGCUAACAACAAACUCACGGGUUCAAUUCCGAGGAGUAUUGGAAAUGCUUCCAAAACCCUCACCGAAGUGCUUUUCUUGGGUAACCAGUUCGACGGGUGCUUGCCCUUUGAAAUUGGGUACUUAAAAAAGGCCACGGUGUUUGAUGUGAGUAAGAAUCUCUUAACGGGCCCAAUUCCACUCUCUUUUGGGUGCUUGGAGAAGAUUCGGUACCUUAAUUUGGCACACAAUAAAUUCUACGGCGCUGUUCCGGACAUUGUGUGUCAGCUCCAAGGCCUGCGCAACAACGGGAACCUGUCGUUGUCGGAUAAUUAUUUUGUAGAAAUUGGACCAUCGUGCUGGAAUUUGAUCAAGUCCAAGGUUUUGGAUGUGAGCAAAAAUUGCAUCCCGGGGCUCCCAAAUCAGAGGUCACACCAAGAGUGUUAUGAGUUUUAUUACAAGGAGAAGAAGCCUUGUCCCAAUGAGAGUUCUUUGUAUUACAUCCCUUGCAAGGGUCACUGGCAGAGCACAAGCACUGAGGCGACCGCUUCACCGCCGGAGCCGGUAACUUACAAGACUCUCAAACCGCAUCGCUUGAGAUUGUGAUCAUGUGAUUACGAUGGGAUGAUGCGUAGGGUAAUCGUCCAUGUGAUGGCGGACUCUGUUUCGGAUUGGAUGAUAUUAUGUGUGUUAAUUUCUUUCCCGUUAAUAGCAGUGUUGUCUGUAUUUUGUGUGCCCAUGAAUAAGCACGUUCGUGAAAUUUGGCAUCUUCGACUAUUAUUAUUUUGGCGCCACUCAAAUGUAAUUUUAGUAAGUGGUCGAAUAAAUUUGGUCCUAUAUUUGUAUUCACCUUCAAAUCGAUUCUUU